AUGCCCGUGAGCAUGUUCAGCAUCGACAACAUCCUGGCGGCCAGACCUCGCUGCAAGGACUCGCUCCUGCUGCCCCCGAGCGCCGCCGCGCCCGUCGUCUUCCCCGGCCUCCACGGGGACUCGCUCUACGGCAGCGCCUCCGACUACGGCGGAUUUUACUCGCGGGCCGUGGCCCCCGCCUCCAGCCUGCCGGCCGUCGGCGGAUCUAGGCUCGGCUACAACAACUACUACUACGGGCAGCUGCAUGUGCAGGCGGCCCCCGUGGGCCCGUCGUGCUGCGGCGCCGUGCCGCCCCUCGGCGCACAGCAGUGCUCCUGCGUGCCCGCCGCAGGUUACGAGGGCACCGGCUCGGUCCUGAUGUCCCCUGUCCCCCACCAGAUGCUGCCCUACAUGAACGUGGGCACUUUGUCCCGCACGGAGCUGCAGUUGCUCAACCAGCUGCACUGCCGGCGGAAAAGACGGCACCGGACCAUCUUCACGGACGAGCAGCUGGAGGCUUUGGAAAACCUCUUCCAGGAAACGAAAUACCCAGACGUAGGCACCAGGGAGCAGCUGGCCAGGAGAGUGCACCUAAGAGAGGAGAAAGUGGAGGUUUGGUUCAAAAACCGCCGGGCGAAAUGGAGACGGCAGAAGCGAUCGUCCUCGGAGGAGUCGGAAAACGCCCAGAAAUGGAGUAAAGCGUCCAAAACGUCCCCGGAGAAGCGGCAGGAGGACGGGAAAAGUGACUUGGACUCGGACAGCUGAUGGCCGCGCCGGGGAGGACGUCUCCCGUGGACUGUAGGACUUGCUCCCGAGGAUGCUACUGUCUUGCACAAACUCUGCCUUGUCGGAGAGGGGGAAAC